UGCUAUGGACCACAAUGUCGGAAACUGCUCAGGCUAUUUUAGAGGUUGACAUGUAGAUUAAUUUAUUGGAAAACCUAAUCCAGGACAUCGUUGGAUCUGAUGGGGGCAUUGUAUUCCUGUUGCUGGCAGAGUUACUGCCACCAGAAAAAAGAAGAAAAUAAUUAUAUUUUAAGACAUGAGACCAAAGCCCAGACCACCCUGAGGAAACACAGCUCCAAGAAGCAGACGUCCAGAACCAGUGGGUCCAGUAGCAGCGACCCAGAUCAGGAAGGUCUGUGUAGCGGGACUGUGCAGGAUGAGUGGGUCUCCAUGGGAGGUGCCGAGUCGGACGUAGAGCUCCAGGCCUUCAUUGUGAUGAGGAAUGAGGCAGACACAUACACAGAGGAGUGGGAGAAGCUCAAUUACGACAUCCACACUUUGCGGUACACCAAACGAGAGGUCAUCAGCCGAUGGAGGAAGAUUCUCAUACAGCUCGGCUACCAGCGGGAGGUGGACUCCCUCCUGACAGUCAACCGGCAGCAUUACAGACGCUCCCUGAAUGACUCGGACAGCCUGAACAGGGCCCGGGAGAUGCUACAGGCCACAGUGGAUGGCUCCAGUCUGUUCCCACAAGGAGUGGCUAGCUCGGACAGAUACCUCUUUGUUAUGGAUCGCUUGGUGUCUCUGGACAGUGCAGAGGACUUUAUCCGACUGGCUAAGGAGAAAUAUCCAAAGAGUUGUGUGAAAUAAAUGAGAGACAAAUAGAUAUUUUAGGAGAAUGUUACUAUAAGUGCAAUACAUAUGCACAUUGUUUUAUUCAGAGACUGUUUCUAACAGACUUCCUUUUUAC